AUGGAGGCCACAUCAGCUCGUAUGGCUGCGUCGCGGCAUCAGUUUGAAGGGUUCCCUCCUCCAAGGACUCAAUUGCAGCGCUACAUCUACAACGCUUGCGAUCCAUUAUCCAAUCUAGAGCCGAAUUUAGCAUUGAACCUCGAAAUCGUCGACCUGAUAAACCAGAAAAAGGGCAAUGCGCCUCGAGAAGCCGCUGUACAGAUCGUCCAACUAAUUAACCACCGCAAUCCUAAUGUGUCUUUGUUGGCAUUGGCUCUCCUUGACAAUUGUGUGAAAAACUGCGGCUACCCCUUCCACCUGCAGAUCAGUACCAAGGAGUUCUUGAACGAGCUCGUGAGAAGAUUCCCAGAACGUCCGCCUAUCCGAGCAAGUCGUGUCCAGAAUAAGAUCCUCGAAGCCAUCGAAGAAUGGAGAGCUACAAUAUGUCAAACUUCACGUUACAAGGAGGACCUUGGGUUCAUAAGAGAUAUGCAUAGACUGCUACUUUACAAAGGCUACAUGUUCCCGGAGGUCCGUCGCGAUGAUGCAGCAGUCCUUAACCCAAGCGACAACCUCAAAUCCGCCGAGGAGAUGGAACAGGAGGAACGUGCUGCUCAGUCUGCGAAGCUGCAAGAGCUUAUCCGUAGAGGCACACCCCACGAUUUACAGGAGGCCAACAGGCUCAUGAAGGUUAUGGCUGGGUACGAUACUCGGAACAAGACAGAUUAUCGUGCAAAGGCGGCUGAGGAGGUCUCCAAGGUACAGCAAAAGGCUAGGAUCCUGGAGGAGAUGCUACAAGGUGUCAAGGAGGGUGACAAGAUUGAGGAAGGUGAUGUCUUUGAGGAACUUGUCAAUGCCCUACAAAGUGCACACCCUAAAAUUCAGAGGAUGUGCGAGGAAGAAUCGGAGGAUGCCGAAGCUGUACAGAAGCUACUUGAAAUCAACGAUAGCAUACACAGGACCGUGGAAAGAUAUAAGCUGAUGAAGGCUGGCCAGGUCACUGCAGCAAACAAUAUACCUAAAGGAACACUCGGAACCACAACAGGAGUCAGUAGAAAUGCCGCCAACGAAUUAUCACUUAUUGACUUUGACCCUGAACCAAAUCAGUCCGCAGGCGCAUCAAGUUCAGCACAACCAGCCCAGAAUGGCUCAUUGUUGGAGGAUCCGACACCUGCUGCACCUUCCAAGCAAGCUACUGUCGAGGACGAUCUUCUUGGCUUAUCACUGGGAAGUACUCCAACUGGUGGCAUAUCUCUCGGUGGCUCAACCUUGUCAGAUCUCUUCAGCGCGCCACAAGCUUCUGUGCCACAGGCUUCUGAGCAGGCACAGCUACCCCUAUCGACUCAAUUCUCAGUAACCCCGACUUCUGCGACACCGCAGCCACCAUCCAUAAAACCAAACUAUGAUGCCUUCGCCUCUCUUUCGAGUGCACUUCCUAGAUCCAAACCUGCGACUCCAGUCCCUGGCCAGCAAAGGCCAGCUCAAGUAUUGCCAGCCUCGGAUCCAUUCGCAAUCCUAGUAUCCCCAACUUCAAGGUCGACUUCGAGGCCUUCGACGCCAUCGAUGCAACAGAACGGGAUCAAGCCAGCAUCUGGCCUGGCGCACCCUGUAGGACAGAUGAACUCAAUCGCUAGUGCGGCACCUGCUGAAGAUGACUGGAACUUCGUAUCUGCACCUCCUGCACAAGAACCUGCCUUACCCGAGAAAAGCACCUUGACAAUUUUGGAUCGUGGCAAAUUAAAAGUGAUCUUUGAAUGCAUGCGGCAAACAAAUCAAGGCCCAGUGGCUUCAGCUCCGAUAUUCGUGAAGGCUUCGUUUACCAAUCAAAACGCAAGCCCAAUCACAGCUCUGAAUUUUCAGGUAGCUGUCGAGAAGGUCUACACUCUCCUGCUGCAACCACAAUCUGGCAAAGACCUUCCUCCACAUCAGCCAAAUGCAGUAACGCAGAACAUGCUGGUGAGCAAUGUGCCUCCGGGGAAGGGCACGACGGUCAAGAUACGUUUCAAGGCGUCCUAUUUACUGGCAGGUGUUCAACAAGAAGAGCAGGGCAUGUUGACGAGCUUAGGGCUUGCCUAG